AUGGAAGAAACUAUUCCAGACACUCCUCAAUACUCUCCACCUCCUCCAAGAGUGUCUGUGAAUCAAAACCAACCACUUAUAAAAGGAAGUCAAAUGUGGUCUGUUGCGGAGGAUGAAGCUCUAAUUGGUUUGUAUCUUCAAUUCAGUGAAGAUGCAAUUGUUAGUACAAACCAAAAAGCAGCUGCGCUAUGGCGAAAAAUAUCUACAGCAUAUGAUCAAGCGCAGGCUGAGAAACCCCACAUCCUAACGCCAAGACCUUUGAGGAGUUUGGAAAGUCGUUGGAGAAGGAGGGCAACUGAUUUAAUACAAUGGAGUAGUUGCUAUAACGAAGCUGGAAGGGCAACUGGAAGUGGUUACAGCGAAGCAGACCGAAUUAAUAAUGCGAAUGACAGUAGUGGAAGUGAAAAGCGAUGUAGAACUGAAGAUGAAGAUGUUGUUCCCGUUACCGGUUUCAUUUCUGGGGGUCUUCCUCGACCUGAUGGCGUUAAAAAGGCAAAGUCUAGGCGUAAUAAGGGAAAAGGAGUGGCUUUUGAAGUCUCAAACAUUAGUGAGCAAAUGCAGCAGAAUAAUGCAAGUAGGGAAAUUGAGGCACAAAUGCGGUUGAAGAAGUUGGAUUUCGACAUGGAAAAGGAAAGAAGGAAGCAAAAACAAGUAGAGAUUCACCAAAAACAAGUCGAAAUUCAAGAGAUAAGGCUCAACUAUGAAAUGCUGCAAGAUCUAAUGGCAAAGGGACCGGACCUAACUCCUGAUGAAGAGGCUUACAAGGAAGAAUUACGUGCACUACUCUAUGGUAGAAGGAACAUGUAA